CGGCGGAAGCGGCGGGGCCGCCUAAGAUGGCGGCGGCGUGAGUUGCAUGUUGUGGGGCCGCCGGGAGGAGCCGCCGCCGCCCCGUUCCCCGUCCCGCCAUGGCGGUGACCGUGACGCUGAAGACGCUGCAGCAGCAAACCUUCAAGAUCCGCAUGGAGCCGCACGAGACGGUGCGGGCGCUGAAGGAGAAGAUCGAGGCCGAGAAGGGCAGCGAGGCGUUCCCCGUGGCCGGGCAGAAGCUCAUCUACGCCGGCAAGAUCCUGAGCGACGACGUGCCCAUCCGCGAGUACCGCAUCGACGAGAAGAACUUCGUGGUGGUCAUGGUCACCAAGGCCAAGUCGGCGCUGGGCUCGGCAGCCCCCGAGGCCGGAGCCCCCUCGGAGCCCCCCGCAGCCCCCCCGGGGCCCCCCCCGGCCGCCGACGCUGCCCCUCCCCCCCCGGCCGCGCCCAGCGAGGAGACCCCGGCCCAGGACCCCCCUGCCCCCACCCUGGCUGAGCCCGCAGCUGGCUCCGUUCCCCCCCCGGGCAGCUCCGGGCGCUCGGCCGACGCCGCCUCCACCCUCGUGACGGGCUCGGAGUACGAGACGAUGCUGUCCGAGAUCGUGUCCAUGGGCUACGAGCGGGAGCGCGUGGUGGCCGCGCUGAGGGCCAGCUACAACAACCCCCACCGCGCCGUGGAGUACCUGCUGACGGGCAUCCCCGGCAGCCCCGAGCCCGAGCGCCCCCCGGUGCAGGAGUCACGCCCCCCGGAGCAGCCCCCGCCCGAAGGUGAGAACCCGCUGGAGUUCCUGCGGGAGCAGCCGCAGUUCCAGAACAUGCGCCAGGUGAUCCAGCAGAACCCGGCGCUGCUCCCGGCGCUGCUGCAGCAGCUGGGCCAGGAGAACCCCCAGCUGCUCCAGCAAAUCAGCCAGCACCAGGAGCAGUUCAUCCAGAUGCUGAACGAGCCGCUGGGCGAGCUGGGCGAGCUGGAGGGGGAGGUGGGAGCCAUCGGGGACGAGUCCCCCCAGAUGAAUUACAUCCAGGUGACCCCGCAGGAGAAAGAAGCCAUAGAGAGGCUGAAGGCGCUGGGCUUUCCCGAGAGCCUGGUGAUCCAGGCCUACUUCGCCUGCGAGAAGAACGAGAACCUGGCGGCCAACUUCCUGCUCAGCCAGAACUUCGACGAUGACUGAGGGACCCCCGGCCCUCCCCCCCUGCCCUGGGGGGGGCUCCCGCUGCCUCCGGGGGGGUCCCCAUGCCGUGUGGGGGAGGGGGUUGGGAUGAAUCCAGCCUGGGGGGGGGGAUGAUGGAGACCCCCAUCCCUGUCCCCACCCCGGGAGCAGGGGGAGCCCCCCGCUGCCCUGGGGGGUUGGGGGGGGGGUCUCAGCACCUGCUUUGUCCUGGCCCCCCCCCUCCCCAAAAAAUUGACCCCCCUCCCUGUCAGGCCCCGGGGAAGGGAGGGUGGGGGGAGGUGGGGGGGGGGGGCGGCGCCGCAGAACAACCGAAACUGGCGGCAAAGAGAUUAAAUGCAGAGUUUUAAACCCA